AUGAUUUGGAUACGUGUCUUUGAGGCCUGGCUCGUUGCAAGAUUACUGAGGAGUCCGGCGUUUCAUCGUGUGGUAGCAAAUAUCCAUGGGCGAUUGACGGGUACAAGAAGAGUCGACUACAGCGAGAUGGGCGGUACUAAGAUUGAUGGUGGUGCCGAAGAAAGUGGCUUUAAGAAGUUCGUCAAGAUAUAUGCCGAGGAACUUAAAGAAACGUUUCGGCGUCGGUAG